CAGAGAGGAGAACACCUGCCGACAGUAAGGAGGUCCAGAGGAAGGAGACGCAGAAGCAGCAGGAGGUUCCUGCUGAACGCUGUCACACUCCAGCUCACCUGUACAAGAAGUUGAGACUCUGCAGCAGAAGCAGCUGAUUGGUCGGCCCGUUUGGGAGGUCAGGGGUCGAAGGCUAUGGCGGGCCGACUCCUCCUCUUCCUGUUCGUCGCUGUGACGCUCGGCCACGCCCAGUUCCUGUCGGGCCAGCGUCUGAAGCCCCGCCUCCAGAGAGACCGACGCAACAUCCGGCCGAACAUCAUCCUGGUCCUGACCGACGACCAGGACAUGGAGCUGGGUUCGAUGCAGGCGAUGAAUAAGACUCGCCGUAUCAUGGAGGAGGGCGGGACUUCUUUCUCCAACGCCUUCGUGACCACGCCCAUGUGCUGUCCGUCACGUUCGAGCAUGCUCACUGGGAAGUACGUUCACAAUCACAACACCUACACCAACAAUGAGAACUGUUCCUCCAUGUCGUGGCAGCGGCAACACGAGCCGCGGACCUUCGGGGUUUACCUCAACAACACUGGAUACAGGACAGCCUUCUUUGGGAAGUAUCUGAACGAGUAUAAUGGCUCGUACGUCCCCCCCGGGUGGAGAGAGUGGCUCGGUUUGGUGAAGAACAGCCGAUUCUACAACUACACACUGAGCCGCAACGGAGUCCGAGAGAAACAUGGAGCGCAGUACCCACAGGACUAUCUGACGGACCUGAUCACAGCCGAGUCCAUCCACUACUUCCGCUACUCCAAGCGUGUUUAUCCUCACCGGCCGGUUAUGAUGGUUCUGAGCCACGCGGCGCCGCACGGACCCGAAGACUCAGCACCGCAGUACAGCAACGCCUUCCCCAACGCAUCGCAGCACAUUACUCCCAGUUAUAACUACGCUCCCAACCCAGACAAGCACUGGAUCAUGCGUUACACUGGAGCCAUGAAGCCGAUCCACAUGGAGUUCACCAACAUCCUGCAGAGGAAACGACUGCAGACGCUGCUGUCAGUGGAUGAUAGUAUGGAGAAGCUGUACAACAUGCUGGUGGAAACAGGCGAGCUGGAGAACACUUACAUCAUCUACACGUCCGACCACGGAUAUCACAUCGGACAGUUCGGCCUCGUUAAAGCAGGAAGGGCGGGGGUCGGGACAAGAAGGCGUGGCUUCUGAAGGAGCAGAAGAGGAGGAAGAAGAUGAGGAAGAUGAUCAAGAGAAUCCGGAACAACGACACGUGUUCGAUGCCCGGACUCACCUGCUUCACACACGACGACCAACACUGGCACACUGCACCCUACUGGACAUUGGGUUCCUUCUGCGCCUGUACGAGCGCCAACAACAACACAUACUGGUGUCUGAGGACCAUCAACGAGACUCACAACUUCCUGUUCUGUGAGUUUGCAACCGGCUUCCUGGAGUACUUUGACCUCAACACAGACCCUUACCAGUUGAUAAAUGCCGUCAGCUCUUUAGAUCGGACGGUUCUCAAUCAGCUUCACGUUCAGCUGAUGGAGCUCCGAGGCUGCAAAGGACACAAGCAGUGUAACCCUCGCACACGUUCAAUGGAGCAUGCAGGAGGGCGGGAAGAUGGCAGCUUUGAUGACUACAGGUUGUUUGAGAGGAGGAAGUGGCCGAGAGUCAAGAGACCUUCAUCAACUCGAACCCUAGGUCCGAUCUGGGACGGCUGGAAGGGCUAAGCCUCCUGAUUGGCUGAAGCAGGCUUCUGACCCCGCCCCCAGCAGCCUGAAGGACGUGGUCGUCGUCACGGCGACACCACUCCGCGGCCACGCCCCCAACUCACCUGUCAG